AUGGCUCCGAUUUCGAUUGCGGACCUCGUCGCCGCUCUGCCGGCUGAGGACUCCUGGGGACCUGCCAACUCGGCUGAUAAUAUGCUGAACGGUGUCCCCUACGCUCCCUUCUCCAAGGGUGACAAGCUGGGCCGUAUGGCCGACUGGACUGCUGAGUCGAAGGAUCGUGAGCGCCAGGGUCGUCCUCAGUACAACCGGAACUUCAGAGACCAGCAAGUUUAUGGUGCCGGUUCCUCCAGCUUGUUCACUGUCCAGGCCGCUGAGGAUGAAUCCUCCUUCUCCGUCGUCGACAACACGCGCUCCUCGACCAAGCGUACUUUCGGCCGUGGUGGCGGCACCGUCUUCCGUGGCCGUGGCCAGCGUGGUGGUAUGGCUCAGCGCGGCGGUGCCCGUGGUGGCUUCCAGCGUGCUGGUGCUGGCCGUGGCCAGGGCGAUCGCUACUACGACAACCGCCAGAGCGGUCGUGGCAACCGUGGCCGUCGCUUCGGGUGGAAGGACUACGACAAGCCCCAGCGCACUCGUGAGCCUUCGGUCAACAUCCGCCCUGAGUGGCAGAUGCUUGAGGAGGUUGACUUCAGCCGCCUGUCCAAGCUGAACCUUGAGGCCCCCGAGGGCGAUGACCUUGAAACCUACGGUUUCCUGCACUAUUACGACCGCUCCUACGACAAGCCCGCUGUCAAGGGUGCCGAGCGCCGCCUGCAGAGCCUCGACCGUGCCGCCUACAACGUCACCACCUCGCAGGAUCCCAUCAUUCAGGAGCUGGCUGAGAAGGACGAGGCCACCAUCUUCGCUACUUCCGACAUUCUCUCCAUGCUCAUGUGUGCCACCCGCAGUGUGUACUCGUGGGACAUUGUUAUCGUCCACCAGGGCAACAAGAUCUACCUCGACAAGCGCGCCGGUGCCUCUAUCGACCUUGUCACCGUCAAUGAGAACGCCGCCGACGCCCCUCUUGAGAUCGCCGAGGCCUCUGGCAAGCAGGACCAGAUCAACACGCCCUCCGCCCUGGCCAUGGAGGCCACCUUCAUCAACCACAACUUCGCCAUGCAGACUGUCACCGAGUCCGAGGAGGCCAAGGUGUCCUUCGCCCAACCCAACCCCUUCUACAACGAGGCUGAGGAGACCGAGCCCCUCGCCUCCAAGGGUUACAAGUACCGCCGCUUCGACCUCUCCCUCGAGCGCGACGAGGAGCCCGUCCAGAUGAUCGUCCGUACCGAGGUCGACGCCGUCAUGAAGAACCCCACUGGUGGCGCUGACCAGCAGCUGACCCUCAAGGCCCUGAACGAGUUCGACAGCAAGGCCCCCGGCUCUGGCGGCGCCCUCGACUGGCGCUCCAAGCUCGUCUCCCAGCGUGGUGCCGUCCUCGCCACCGAGAUGAAGAACAACUCCUGCAAGCUGGCCCGCUGGACCACCCAGGCCAUCCUGGCCAAAGCUGACGGCAUGAAGCUUGGUUUCGUGUCCCGCGCCAGCCCCCGCUCCGCCGCUGGCCACGUCGUCCUCGGCGUCGUCGGCUACAAGCCCCGCGAGUUCGCUGCCCAGAUGAACCUGAACCUGAGCAACGGCUGGGGUAUUGUACGCACUGUCGUCGACCGCAUCCGCACUCUGGAUGCGGAUGAGCCCGCGGACGCGAUCAAGAAGUACGUCCUCAUCAAGGACCCCAACAAGAAUGUCCUGCGUCUGUACAGCGUGCCCGCGACUACUUUCGAGGAGGACGAUGAAGCCGAGCUCGAGGCCGAGGGUGAGGAGGAUAACGAGGAUAAGGAGGAGGCUGACGAGUAG